CAACAUAGGUCAAAUGUAUCACAACAUAGGUCAAAUGUAUCACAACAUAGGUCAAAUGUAUCACAACAUAGGUCAAAUGUAUCACAACAUAGGUCAAAUAUCUCACAACAUAGGUCAAAUGUAUCACAACAUAGGUUAAAUAUCUCACAACAUAGGUCAAAUGUAUCACAACAUAGGUCAAAUGUAUCACAACAUAGGUCAAAUGUAUCACAACAUAGGUCAAAUAUCUCACAACAUAGGUCAAAUGUAUCACAACAUAGGUCAAAUAUCUCACAACAUAGGUCAAAUAUCUCACAACAUAGGUCAAAUGUAUCACAACAUAGGUCAAAUGUAUCACAACAUAGGUCA